AUGUCGGUUAAAUCUAGUAAAUCGUGUGUUGAAAUGGCAAAAAACAAAGCCACUACUAGGUCGGUUAGAGGAGUCAGUCCCUCAUCAGCUCCAACAUUACGAAAAAAAGUCCUCAUACACAACGCAGCCUCUUCCCAACAAGUCGCAGAAGAUGCAGAGAAUAUUGAUAGGAGAAUCACUGCGAAAGGUGAGGCCAUUCACGGGUCGGACUCAAGUAAUCUCACAAUGGGAGAAUCGACCGAGCAAGUAAACAUGAUGAAAACAAAAGAACCGCAAACUGCCACUGACAAUAGCACUUCUUUGGACAUUGAGGCUGAGCUUGGUCUUCUGGGAUUAUGCAAACCAGUGCACCGCACGGAUGAUGAGUGGUCGGAUGUCGAAAGCAUCGUAAGUGGAGAUAGUAGGAGGUCUAGCAUGUUGCCACCUGCGUACAAAAGAGCUGGCAUUUCCAUGGAUCUCGCAACACAGCGGGCAAAUGACUUCUUGCUCGCUGGCAAAGAGGCCCUGGAAAAAGCCGGAAACAUGAAGCGCGAGUGCAAGCAGGAGGUACAUGAUUGCUUACAAGGCCUCUAUGAAACAGUGCUGUCACUCUCUGACUCACGCUCUCGUCAUCGACUGGGAUUAGAACAGGAACGCAGUCGAGCAGCGAAAGAGUUGGUGAGAGUCGAAAGAGCACAUACAAAACAACUAACAGAGCUUCAGUCCACUUACACUCAAAGACUUAAAGCUAUCCAAGAUAUAAUGCACGAAACGCAGAAAUCGACAGAGGCAAUAAGAGGGUGGUUAAAUUACGAAAUGGAUGACCCUAUCAAAGCGAUAUACAAAAUAAAACAAGUAAUAUACGAAAUAUCAACCAAAACAAGUAAAGAACCAUCUACUUGCAUCGCUGAUGAACACCUAAAGCAAUGGCAAACACAUAAUAGUGAAGAAUUGGCGUCAAUAGCAAAUCAAGUAAAUGACAUCAUGGAAAAGAUUAAAGAACUAGUUUCUGACAUCAACGUCUUUAAAAAUAACGUAGCGGAUAAAGAAAGUAUUGAACACAUUGCACUGGCUCUGAACUCAUGGAAAGAUCCUCGCAUUGAUGAUAUUGCCAGCAACAUAUCCAAUGUCAAACAUACAAUCCAGGAUAUGCAAAUACGAGCCCUGAAUGUAACAUCCCCACAGUCAACAUCUAUAGAUAGUAUAUCAACAGCCAUAGAACCAGUGUUAUUUAGAAUAGACAAAAUCACUGAGGACAUAAAGGAAUUAAGAGAUUACGGAGUGAGCCAAAGUGCGUUUCAGAACAACUCAGGUUUGGGCACAGAGCUGGCAAUUGCGGAAAUCAGAGACAAGCUUAAUCAUCUGGAGACAUGCAACUGCAGCAACAUAACGAACAAAACAACAGAAAGUCCCAAAAAUGUCGUAAUAAAAGAACAACAAGCCGCUCGCCAAAUAAAAUCUUAUGCAGAAGCACUUACUUCACCACGAUUUGCUCUUGUUGUUGAAUCAUCGGAUCCCAGACAUACGAGCGAAGAUGUUGUCAACACAAUAAAGAACAACAUCGACGUGGUACAACUUGGAGUGGGGGUUAACAAUAUAAGAAGGGUAAGAAAUCAGAAGGUGCUACUAUCAUGCGACAAUGACGAGGACCGAGAAAAGCUUCAAAAUGCAAUUAGAAACUCGGACAAGAAGCUAACAGUCUCAAAGUCAACAGCCAAAAACCCACUGCUUAAAUUAAUAGGAGUAGCUAAUGAUCUUAAUAAUACAAAACUAGAAGAAGCAUUAGUUAACCAAAAUAUUAAGCUCCUAAAACACAUAGAAAUGGAAAAUAUAAAGAUUAAAGUAUUGAGACGAAUUAAGGGGCGAACGGCGGCAAUUAACAAUAUAAUAUUAGAAGUAAGCCCUGAGGUCUGGAAAGCACUGAAAGACCAAAGAGUGCAUGUGGGGUACCAAAUAGUACCCGCCCUAGACCAAUCUCCCGUUGUGCAAUGCUACCGAUGUAUGGGCUUUGGGCAUAGGGCUAGAGAAUGCAGGGCAGAUAAAUCAACUUGCGGAUAUUGUGCAGAGGACCACGACAGCAGAGAAUGUCCACGCAGCAAUGGAGCACCAACUUGCGCAAACUGCACUAGGAACAAAAUUGUAGGUGAUCUCAGCCACCCAGCAUACAGCAAUGAAUGUUCAGUGUGGAAGAAAUGGGAUCGCAUAGCCAGGUCCUCGGUAGCAUAUUGCUAA